UUGAUGCUUGAGAGUCUUUCCGCAAGUUUUUCAAGAUUUCGGGAAAUCGCAUUGCGAGAAGGUAGACGAGUUAAUGCCGAGCCGUGACUAGAAAAAAUAAGGAUUAGGAAAAAGAGAGAACAAGACUUGUGAAAGCGCGCGAUGCAACGCUAGACGGUGACGCGUUGACGUCGUCACCAUCGGAGGGAGGGACGGUGCACGCGGAGCGGAAGUAGAGAAGCGAUAGACGGCGACUCCGUACGUUGCAAAUGGCAGACGGUGCGUGAUAUACCAGGGUAGAAAAUCAUCACUUUGUUUGCGUCGCAUUCCUUUGUGACCGUCUUGUUGCUCAGCGAGGAAGCGGACAGAGCUAUCCCGUAGCCGCUUGCCACGUCGCGUGCACAUAGGUCACGUCAAUCAGAUUCCUAAUUUGCAGGAAGGUAGCAGGCCGGCGAGCGAGCGGGCGAACGCCUUGCGAGAUCCGACGAAAAAUUGCGAGAAAUUCGUGGUACACUUCGGGAUCAAAAACGACCUCGAACGGAAAGGUAGACAAUGGCGAGGCUGGUCAAUGUUUGGCGAGACGACGAGCCGGUGAAGCUGGCCAGCAAGCAAAUGCCGCUGAUCGUCGACGAGAACCUGACGAUGAUUAUGGAUAUUACUGGUUUGGGAGCUAUCUGUGAUAAUCCCUUGAUCAAUGGUAAACAACUGGAUGAGUUUACAAAGAAAUUUGCAUUACUCACAGUGGAAGAAAUCAAAACAUCUUUUGCAGUUACUUGCAAAAAGAUAGUUGAAAUCUUGAGCGCCGCAGAACCAUGCGUCGGCUGUCGAAGAAGUGUUGAAAGAUUAUUCACCGAUCUGAUGAAGUCAGGACAUCCCGCAUUAGAUCCUCUGGUUAUCACUUCCGAUGGUGUGCUUUCUAUAAAAGACGACAUUUUAAAAUCGCCUCAACAGCUCUGUACAUUGUUACAUGGACACAGCACUAGGUUAAAUAAUUUAAUGGAAAAACAACAAAGAAAUAGAAAGUCUCAACGAUGUGUACUACAUACUCUGGAAAUUCAGCGAUUGCCACCGAUAUGGAAUUCUUGGAGGGAAGUGUGGGAUUGCAUGGAACUACCAUGCCGACAGGAAUUGACUUUAAUAGAGACCGAUACGCUCGAUGAAGCUUUAGAUACUUAUUUGCGUAAACAUAGAUUUUGCGCCGAGUGUCGCAACAAGGUGCUAUUGGCGUCAUCUCUCUUGACCCGAGAACCCGAACCUAUAAAAGAAAAAGGUUACGUAGCAGUUUUAUAUUCUGGAAUUAAGCGUUGCUACCGCGACCAUCACGUUCAUUUACCACCCAUUACGGAAUAUAUGACUACUCUCCUUGGUCGCGCUCAACCAUGGGCACUUAUGGGAAGAGAGCGCCACGCGAAAACGCUGGAAAUUGCUCAAGAAGAAGUACUUACGUGCUUAGGUAUAUGUAUCGCAGACCGACUACACAAAAUACAUCGACGAAUGAAAGAGGAAGAAACUGUUUGCAAAGUAUUAGCUGCUGUUGCAGUGGAUGCAUUGUCCAGAAACUUUCAGUCGGCGAUUGAAAAGAAACAAGGUAUCUCUCAAUUGGAAUUAUUCUACAAGCAAGUUGCAAAGGAAGAACUAGCGAAACAGCACAAACGUGAAAAAUUACGUCUUAAACGUAAGAAGAAGAAGGGACGUCGCAACGAAACAGAGGAAAAGGAGAAUUCUCGUGAUUGUUCAAAUGAGAGAUCACAAAGUGAUUCCCCCUGUACCUGUGUAGAAUCAAAAUCGAUGACGCAGAACAUCAAUCGACAUAAAUUGCAGGUCCUAGAUCCAAAAAACAAAGGUCCGCCGAUGUGUAAAUGUCCAGAUUGUUUAAAGAAGCCAAAAACACAUAGUAUAUCACAAUCGCAAAGUAAGACAGAAUUAGCAUUCCCUGUGAAAAAAGGUUCACAGAAAGUUAAAAAGAACACCUCUGAAACAAAGAAAAAUCUUAAUACAAGUCAAUCGAAGCAAAAUAGUACAUCUUGUAAACAAUUAUCUCAGGAGGAUUCAUCCGAUGUUUGCGAGUCGUGUAAGGAGGGUGAGAAAAUCGAUGAGAAUCAGUGGCGUUAUGACAAUUGUAAAGAUUCCAUGACUAACGAGCUAGUAGAUGCGUGGAUAACGGAGCCAAGUGAAAAUAAAUAUACUACGUGGAUGGUAAUGAAAAAACGUUUCGAAAUGUCCGAGAGAAAAAACCACACCUCAAGCGAACAAUCGUCUCAAGAUUGCGGAUACUCUUCCGAACAUAAUAUCAGUAGUUCUUCUCUUCCUAGUACACCGGAAGGUUCUGAAGUAGCUUGUAAUGAUGAAUGGUGUGAUCACGAAGGGACUUGUCAUGAUAAAUUUAAUCAUUCCAAUUCUAGCAUCUCUUUAUUGCAAAAGAAAGGUCCAACACUUACACAAAUGUUGAAGGAUUCCUGUUUUUCUGACGACGAUGAGAAGGAGAGUUAUAUUCCAGUAGAGGAAGUAUUAGAAUUUAAGUCGAGAGAAUGUCAAGUCACAGAGAAGCGGCAGGAACUCCGGCAAAUGCUUAGAGAACGUUUUGCUAUAUUGUGCAGCCAUCAGAAACCACUUAGCAUUCUUCAUUAAGAAUUCCUACUAUGGUAAUAUAUCUCCAUCUUUUUUUUCUUUUUUUUACUUUGAUUUACUAUCAGUAGUGAGACACGAAUGUAAUAGAUGUAUUUUGAAGAAACUGUUAUCAUUCGAAGUCGACCUGAUGUGAAUAAAAUGCUGAAUAUAUGUAA